CGAUACUACAUGUUACAUUUAACUUUUAUUUUCAAGUAGGUUCUUCUGGACUUUAUCAGCCCUUCUACACUUUAUUUUUAUGUUAUUCUCGCCUGCAAACACGCCUGUAUUAAUCAGUAGAUAAUAUUAUAAUUUAUAGCCAUGAUGAAUGUUCACAUAGGAACCACUAACAGUUACUAUAGAGAUAUCGAUUUAUUCUGCAAGCCCUGAUACUUUAUUUAACUUCUGGCACGUUGAUAUAAUGGAAAGAAAGUUGAAGGCUACGAAAAAACCUAACGACACGAAACUACCACCGAUAAAUGAAAAUAAAGAAAACAUAUUGAAAACUAUAGUCGAUAUUGACCCACAUUAUUACUCUCUGAUCGAUGGAAGACCAAUAAAAACUGAGAAAUCAAUAAGCAAGUACAAACAGAAUAUCAGAGAUAUUGCACUAAAACGAACACUCACAGGGCUUCUACGAGAUGAAAUACUCCGGAUUGACAGAGAAAUAAAGACAGAAAGAGAAAUGUACGAGACGGCUUCGAAGAACUUUGACGAAUACAAAAAUAGUUUCGACAAAUUUCUAGCAGACAAUAACAAUAAAACUAUUAUUGUAAUGAGAAAAUCUGAUAAUUUAUCAAAGGAAUUAGCGAACAAGAUUGAGGAUCACAAGAAAGCUAAUUACGAGCUGGCAUCUGUGAAAUCUAAAGUGCAAUACAUCAACGAAUCGCUACAAAUAUUGCUAUCGUUUCAAAGCUUUCUGUACAACAUUGCACCUAUUCUAUGGCAACAAAGCAACCCCUUGAUUUUAGACGGCACCGACAUAAUAAACAUAGAGUCAGACAUUUUUCAGAGAGUAGACGUAGAUGGUAUUAAAUUUAGAUUGAGUAAGCUACCUCCACCGCUACUAUAUUUCGAGACUCCAGGGCAGUUGCCUCAUAUAUUUGAGUUACUGGAGAAACAAAAUUUAAAUUAUCUGCUGGUAACGGAGAACUUAAAUGCCGAGAAGGUCAAAUUCGUUAAGUCUUUAGAGACGUUAAAAGAUCUGAUGCGUCAAGACCUAGAGUUCAUCCAGCUGCAGAUUAAAGAAAUAGAAGAUGCUAUAGAAUGGAACAAAACAAGGGAAGAGGAUUUGAAGAACAUAUUUUACAGUAUAUUGGAGGACAAGAUCAAGUACAUCGUGUCGUCGGAAGCGGCAAUUGAAAUCUUCAAUUACGUCGAGUUUACUUACGAACGCCUCGUAGCGCCUAAUGACGCUAAACUGAGCUCUUUCGACAUGACCCUGUGUUUGGAACGAGAGUACAACGAUUUGAUGCUACUCCUAUCUACAUUCGAUACUAAUUCUAUAAAAUCUAUAGAGAAGGAGCUAUAUGAGAACGAAGCGAAGAUAGCGAAGCAGGCCGUCGAGGCUAACAAAAUGCUAAAAGAUGUGCGAAGGCUCAAUAGACGAUUGCAAUCGGCGUAUGAACCACCACGGUAUACAAAGUAGCUUUAUAGCUAGGUAAGGAGGUAGUUAAUUUAUAACUGUAAAAUGCCUAUUAAUACGGUUGAUUGCACUUUUUAUAUCUCUUGUACGUGACUAUUAUUAGAAUUAAGUAAAUUAAUUAAC